CCCAUGGCUCACGUGGGAUCUUUGGUGGGUCCCGAAGCUGCACGGGAGAAUCUUCUUCGGGCCAACCCGCAGUGGAGGGUUCCUGGAGCUGAGGAGAGGAACCCAGCUAUGAUGGCCCAAUAUUAUCUGAAUGAGGCUGUUUUCUGGUCCUCGUUCGCUUCCGAGUGUAGCUCGGUUGAGGAGAGGCAACUGAGGAGGUAUCAGGAGGCUUAUGCUCGUGAUAUCCCUGUCUUGGACCAGAAGGCUGGGCGGCUCAUGGCCGAGAUGGUGGAGAUCAAGCAACUGUACCUUCAGUACAGUCGUGAGGCUAGGGAAGCGGCGGAACAGAUCGGGGCCGAAGUUGGGAAGCUCACUUUCCAGGUUGAAGAGGAUGCUGAAAAGAUAGCUUCCUUCGACAGGGAGAGGAGAGAAAUGGCUGCCAAGUUUGCGAGCGAACUUGAAGAAAAAGACAGUCUUCUCAAGGAGAUGACGUCUAAAUUUGAGGCGGCCAUUAAGCAGAGCCAGGAAGCGGAGGCGAGGCUUCAGCAGUUUAUCAAGCACCGGGAGAUUGUUCAGAAUCAAGCUGACAAGGUGCCCGUUCUCCAGCUGAAGAUCCGAGAGAAGGAUGCUGCCAUUCGGAAGUUGGAGCAAGAGAGAGUUGACCUCUACACUGCUGAUCAGUGUAGGGAGCAAUACUGGAAUGGCAUCCUGGGUGCUCGGCGGAUGUUCGCGAAGCAUAUGCCUCAUUUCCCUUGGAAUGAGAAGGUUCCGCUCUGGAUGAGGGCCCAGGAUCACUUGGUGGAGUGCCAGGCCGAUCGAGACGAAGCUGAAGCUGAACGCCAAGCUGCUCUUGCAGAGGCUCGGGCCCAGAAGGCGGCUUCCGAAGGUGAUACUACUGCUGGGGGUUCUUCGAAGGAUGCUCCUCUGGGGGAUGCUCCUGAGACUCCCAAGAGUUAGGGAUUCGGGCAGUCGUCUUCUUCAGAGUCGGUCGGUUCCAGUUGAGGACUUCCGAACAUGUGCUUGCCUUUCCCCCUUUUGCCUCGG